AUCAAGAUUGAUAAGCAAAAUAUUGUUACUGAUAAACGUGAUAUCAUUCUACGGUCGACAUAUACUAAUUAUAGUAUUAACUGUUUAUCUAGCAUGUUUUGUGUGUACUUUAUGUUAAUUUUGAGUACUUUGUUUUUGGUUAUUUUGUUUGUGUUCAGAUUUUGUAGGUAAUUAAAAUACACAAAUAAUAAUAAUAUAAUUAAGCGUCGUACGUUAAAUAUGGUUCAAAUGGCUGAAAAAAAUGAAACAUACUCCCAUUCUAAUAACAAUAUCACCAAUAAUCAAAAUGAAGAAUAUAAUUCUAGCAAUAGUAAAGUUCAACUUUGGAUUUCUAGUCAUCAAGAACAUUUGUAUAUAGAUGGUCGUGGAAAAAGAUGUCCUGUUAACAAAACUACAGAAGAAGCAAUUUUAUAUGUUCAAAAACAUAUUUCAACAUUCCCAACAUAUGAAAGUCACUAUACUCGCCGUACUAAUGAUACAAAGUAUUUACCAUCACAUUUAAAUCUUACUUUGAUGUACAAAUUAUACCGUUCUGAGACUGAAAAACCAGUUAGUAAAUCAAUUUAUGAAAGGGAAUUCAAGAAAACAAAAUUAAAAUUUAAGUUGAGAAAAGCGGACACUUGUCAUAAAUGUGAUGUUUUUAAAAUGAAGAUUAAAAUGGAAACUAAUGAUGAAAACAAAAAAAAAUUGAUUGAAGAUCAUGAUCACCAUGUAAAAAAUGCUGAUGAUGCAUAUAAUACUAAAAAAAUUGACAAAGAUAAAUCUAAAUUAGACCCUUCAAUCCUUUGUCUAACUUUUGAUUUACAACAAUGCUUGCCAACCCCAUUUCUUGAAACGUCUGUUGCUUUUUAUAAAAGAUUGUAUUGGACUUAUAAUCUUUCUACACAUAAUCUGGCUACUGGUCAGGCAUCUUGUUACUUGUGGCACGAAACAAUUGCUCGAAGAGGUGCUAACGAAAUAGCAUCAUGUAUUUAUAAAGAACUUUCAAAUAUAUCAAAUAAUGUGAAAACAAUAAUACUUUAUUCAGACUCUUGUGCAGGCCAAAACAAAAAUUCAUACCUUUCUGCUAUGUUUUUUACUAUUCUUGAAAAAAAAAAAUAUAUUGAACAAAUAAAUCACAAGUUUUUAACUCCUGGUCACACUCAUAUGGAGUGCGACUCAGAUCACUCGCUAAUAGAAAAACAGAAGAAACAUUCCGCACUUCAAAUUGCACAUCCAAGAGACUGGGCUACACUUAUAAGCUGUACAAACAAAAAGAAACCUUUUCUUGUGCAUGAAAUGGAUCAGGAACAUUUUUUUAAUUUUGAAAAAUUAUUGAAAGGACCUUUAGUAGUACACAAAAAAGAUGAAAAUGGAUAUAAAUUUGUUUGGCAUGAUGUUNAUGAAAAUGGAAAUAAAUUUGUUUGGCAUGAUGUUGCCUGGUUGCAAUAUAGAAGUAGUAACAUUGGUACAUUAUACUACAAAACAAGUUUAUCUGAAGAUGAACCGUUUAAAAUAGUAAAUCUAAAAAGAAGAGGCCGUGUAAAUAAUUUUACAUUGCAAAAAAUGUAUAAUUCACUAGUUCCAAUAUCUAAAGAAAAAAAAAGAGAUCUACUCCAACUUAUCCCGUUAAUACCAAAUAUUUACCAUGAUUUUUAUAAAAAUUUGAAUAGUGAUUCUACUGAGAAACAAGAUUAUGAUCCAGAUCUUGAUGAAGAUUUGUCUAUUGAUAAUGAUGAUUAA